UGGCACAAUGUCUACCAGUCCUACAGCACCGCAGGCCAGUACACUUUUGAAUUUGAUGGAGAUGAGGAAUUCUACGUGGACCUGCAGAAGAAGGAGACUAUCUGGCGGCUGCCUGAGUUCAGCACAUUCAGCGGUUUUGACCCACAAGGUGGACUGAGAGAAGUGGCUACAGCAAAACACAACCAAGAUGUCCUGAUUAAAUGCUCCAACUGUAUUGUGGCUGUCAGUGAGGUUCCUGAAGUGACUGUGUUUCCCAAGUCUCAUGUGGAGCUGGGUCAGCCCAACACCCUCAUCUGUGCCAUGAACAACAUUUUCCCUCCUGUGGUCAACAUCACAUGGCUAAGCAAUGGGCACCCAGUCACAGAGGGUGUUUCUGAAACCAGCUUCCUGUCCAAGAAUGAUCAUUCCUUCCUCAAGAUCAGCUACCUCACCUUCCUUGCUUCUGCUGAUGACAUUUAUGACUGCAGGGUGGAGCACUGGGGCCUGGACGAGCCACUUCUGAAACACUGGGAGCCUGAAGUUCCAACUCCCAUGUCAGAGCUGACAGAGACUGUGGUCUGCGCCCUGGGGCUGGCCGUGGGCCUCGUGGGCAUCGUGGUGGGCACUGUCUUCAUUAUCCAGGGCCUGCGCCCAGGUGGUGGCUCCAGACACCAAGGGCCCUUGUGAGUCACACUCCAGGAAGGAAGGUGCACUGACAGUCUUUGAGAAGAGUGGAUGUGCUAGAUGACCCAGCACUGUUCUCUGACCAAGUUCAUCAUAUUCCGUCUCUCCUCCAAUACCCUUCCUCUUAUCUCUUCUCUGGGACUUCAGCUGCUAUUCUCUCAGAGUCACAGAUUGCACGAGUUUACCUCUCAACUCCUGAUAUUUUUUUCUUCUCUCAGUCAUUACCUACCAUGGGGAUCCCUGUGAUAUUCCAUCCAUCUACCUAAUUCCUUGCUAUUCUGAUGUUCAUGGGAGCAAUAAAUCCCCUUUAUGAGGUCUUUUAUUGAAUUUUUUCCUUUCUUUUAACACAGGGCUGACUAGGACCAUGGCAAAAAAUGGCAAACCCUUAUGCUUCAGGCCCCCUUGACUUUAUUUUCCAGAUCAUAUUUCAUGCUCAGUAACACAGGAGCAACCGAAUAUAGCUUGAUGAUAUCUUGAUAUCUUAGAU